UUUCAGUAGCAGUACUGCAUCGGCAUGGCCACCGCCGAACCGCCCGCUAGCGGUGACCGAGAUCGAGGUCCGGCUAUCAUGGCGGUCCUUUGGACUGAAGCUGCCGUGGCACUUGCAGCCCUUGCGCUUCGACUUUAUGGCCGACGCUUGGUCAAGGGUUUUGGCGCUGAUGAUCACAUGAUGACAUUCACAGUAAUUUUAUUCAUCAUCAUGGUCGCCUUUGCCCAAUACUUGGCUGUCAUCGGGGCUGCCCACCAUAUGUACUACUUGACUACGGCGCAACAACUCCAUGUGGUCAAGUAUGAGUGGAUUGCUCAAACAUUCGGGGUUCUGGGGUUUGCGACCAGCAAGACGUCGGUCGCGCUGCAGAUCCGGCGCAUCCUUGGCUCAAAUAGUCGUCAAACGAGGUGGCUACUCUGGUUUAUCAUAUGCCUAACAUGUACCAUCUGUGGAAUUGAUUAUAUUUUCGGCUUCGUGCAGUGCACUCCACCACGUGCUAUGUGGGAACCGUGGGUUCCGCACAAAUGUUGGGACACCAGUGUGCAAACCGGUUUCUCGCUGUUCUUUUCAGUCGAGCUGAAGGAUCGUAUCUCGCUGAAUUUCGGAAGUGCAGUGUGGAAUAUCUUCAUCGAUUUAGUCCUCGCCGCCAUACCUGUUCCUGUUAUCUGGCACACCAGCCUGUCCGUGAAGCAGCGGGUGGCCGCGUGUGCGCUGUUGGGACUUGGGCCACUUGCCGCUGCGUGUGGCAUAGUCAAGAUCACCUACGUCGUCAGAUUACACUCCCGUAAAGAUCUAACCUGGUCCUCUCUCGACUCGAGUAUCUGGUCUGCGUCCGAGCUAUUUGUGAUCAUCGUCUGCGGUUGCAUCCCGCCAAUGCGACCGGUCUUUGUUCAACAUCUCGAGCCCAAGAAUCGCUGUUUUGAAGGCUAUCCCUACAGCCCUCCGAGAUACGGCAGCAGACAGCGCCAUACCCACGACCGACUCCUGAUCUCGCGAUCCUUUAUCUUGUCUCGCCGUCCUGCCGAGGAAGAUACAGAGGUACUUCGCUUGCCGACCGCACCAACGGAGGAUCAUUUGCAGCAGUUCUCUCGCUGAACAACCUAUGGGUGAAACUCGGAGAUGGAAAGAUGCCCUGUCUUUCUGGGUUGUGUGAUACGACUAUUGGCAUUGGGAUGAAUUUGCCGUUCCGUUAUCCAUCCGUGCCCUGAUUAUCAGUGCUGGUGUUAGAUCUUAUGCGUAUAGAGUUACAAGCAUGUGGAAUACCUCUCCUUGCAUCGCUUCUUCUGCCUUCCAAGCUAUGGUGGGAGAGACUUGAAUUUCACGAGUGUGUCCUUUCUUCAAUAUCCA